AUGGCUUCAGUUCCAGUUAAUAACAACUCUUUCCCUGAAGAUACUAACAACCUUGAGUUGAAACUUAGUCCCAACAAAAACAUGGAUGCUACACAUAGUACUAUCCCUUUCCUAGUCAACAUAAGGUCCUCCAAUGAAAAUCAAAACUCUCCAAUCUCAUCUCAUGAAACAAAAAUAGAGUUUGAUUUCUUUAAGGACAACAACAAUGACCAUCAAGUUGUCUCUGCCUCUGUCACUGACAAUGAUCAUAUUCAUACUGAUACAUCAUCUUUGUUGGAACUCAAGUUGAGUCUUGGUCCCAAUCCUAUUACUACCAAUACUAGUAGUGAUCAAUCUAUGAUGGAUGAUGGCAUGUCACCCAAUUCAAAAGAGAAGAGAACUAAGAGUACGGAGAUGGCUAUUCUUCAAGGAGAGCUUGAAGAAGCAAAAAUGGAGAAUUGUAGAUUAAAAUUGAUGUAUGAUCUGCUUAGAACAGAUUACAAUUACAUGCGAGGGCGUUUCGAGAGAAUGAUGCAAGACCAUAGGGGUAAGAAACUUAAAGGAAAAGAAGUCUUUGAUGGAAAAUUUAAAGAGAAAACGAGAACUGAGAAUGGUGGAGUGCUGGGGCCAAGGAAAUUUAUGGAUCUUGGAUCGACUACUAAUAAGGUUAAGGAAGUUAAAGUACAAGAAGUUUUUGAUCGACAAUUUGGAGAGAAUAUGAGAAUUAAGAAUGGUGGAGAAUUAAUGAAAAGGAAAUUUGAUGAUGCUGGAUUGGCUACUAAUAAGGUUAAGGAAGUUAAAGGAAAAGAAGUGUUUAAUGGAAAAUGUGAAAAGAAAAAGAGACUUGAGAAUGGUGGAGAGUUGGUUCCAAGGAAAUGUAAGGAUCUUGUGUUGAUUACUAAUGUUGAGACUGCGAUGGAUCACGAAGCUUCUUCCUCGUCAAUGAGAAAACCUAGAAGUCAGGCGAUAAAAAGCAUCGAUUUUGCUUCAAAUGAGAUAGUACUAAGUAAGAAUGAGGAUGCUAAUGUUGAUAAUGUUGAGGAUUCAUUGACAAAAGCAAGAGUUUGUAUUAAAGCUAGAUCAGAAGAAACCAUGAUCACUGAUGGAAGUCAAUGGAGAAAGUAUGGGCAAAAACUACCGAAAGGAAACUCGUGUCCUAAAGCUUAUUAUCGCUGCAGCACAGCCCAUGGAUGCCCAGUCCGAAAGCAUGUACAAAGGUGUGCUCUUGACAAAACAGUUGUCAUGACAACAUAUGAAGGAAAUCACAACCACCCUUUACCUGCAGCAGCCAAAGAAAUGGCAAAAACAACUUCAGCAGCUGCAAAGAUGCUUCUUUCAGCAUCAACAUCAAGCAAUGAUGGACAAUUGAAUGCAAAUUUACUCACAAGAACACUCCUUCCUUGUUCUUCAAGGAUUGCAACUAUCUCAGCUUCUGCUCCAUAUUCAACUAUUACAAUUGAUUAUACUCAAUCUCCAAAUACUCCACAGAGGAACCCAGAUCAGUUUCAAACUCCUUUAAUCCCUCAGAGUUCUGCAAAUUCCUCAGCUUCUCUGAUCUGCCAAAUACCUAAUCAAAACCAAUCAAAAUUUUCUAGACUACAUAUGUCGAAAGAUGCAGCUGACCCUUCACAACUCUUGGCAAUACCAAAUAUUACUGCUCAGACAGUUAAUGCUGCCAUUGCUGCUGUUACUUCCAUUAUUGGUGAUACUCAGCCAAACAACAACAUUGUUGUUGCUGAUAAUAAUAAUUGCAACAAUGUCAACGAAGGAAAUAGCAAUGGUAGCAACAAUAAUGUCACAGAAGCCAAGUGCAACAGAAACAUCACAUUUGGAAACAACAAUGAUGGGAAGGAAUAA